AUGGUUCAAGUGCGAUGCCUGGUCUUGAUCUUCCUAUCUUUUGCCACCUUCGGGCUCGCAGCCGCCGCGCUCCAGCUGUCCGAGACAUCGUCCGACUCCAGACCGUUUGCUGUAUCCCUUUUCAAUGGCAUAGUAGGUCACGAGGAUCAGAAAGCCCAUAACGUUCUGCUUCUCGGGCGAACCAAUGGCGAAGAAUAUCCACCUUGGGUCCUGGCUCUCAAGAAACGCCCAUUCGACGACUUCGGCGAAACCUCUGACGACUUAUAUUUGAGUGAGCCCAAGAGACAAAAAACCAUCCCUCACCCUGCACCGUUAAGAACAAUCCUUCCGAGCAACAAAUUCCCGCCACUCCAUCCGGAUGAGCCUAAACCCUUACCCGGCAUGUGGGAUGGGAGCAUCCUCUACAAGAAGCCCGUGGCAAGCGGUCCAAAGGUGUACAGAGGAGAGCCCUACACGAAGAAGAAGUCGAAAAAGGCGACUUGGCCGGAGCCUUGGUCCGCUGCGUUCGGACGUCGUUGGAGGCCGGGCAGGAAGGUUUUUCCUCUGAAACACACAAAGCAGUACAAGGGCUAUCAACAGAAGCUACAUCAAGUCCAAAAUGGUGGUGUCAAGAAGCUCAAGUCUCAGCGAACCAAGAAUUUGUAUCUCAGCAAGAUUCGACAUACUGUUUCUCCGAAACCUCGCGGACCACGUCCUGCCUCUGGAGUCACACUCGAGGAGCUGUCACCUCGGGGAGGAACAUUUUCAUCGAUGAAAGUCCCAUUCAAGAAGCGACCACGUCACGGAUCGUCCACUGGCAGCACUUCUUCCGCUCAUUCUACCCACGGCAGCUUGACAUCCUCGGCUCCAUCCUCCCCCACAUCUUACGCGACGGCCUUUUCGACCCCUCUCAGGGAGCAAAGCCAGGCGUUGAUGCCCUAUGCUCCUCUGCGCACGAUACCUCCCACCGCCAACCGGCCGCCAGUCCAUCCCAACACACGUCCGCGGGCGGAUCUCUUAAGGUGGGACAAACAGUGGUACGAUCAGCUCAAAGAAGAGGAAAAUCUACACAAGUUCUUCGAGAAGAAGAUCUUAGCAAGUACGUCAGCUCGAUUCGGCGCGGACAAGGGUAAAAGCCCUUCAAACUGGCCCGUCAGAUCUCUCAACAAGAUUAAGAGCAUGUUUGCGGGCCUACAGAAAGGCCAAAGUAGUAAGAUGCACAAGAAGAAGGCUCUCCGGCUCUCCAAGCGUAGUUCUUCUUCUGUCGUCGAGGGUCAAGUCGUCGAAGUUCAAGAAGCGGCCCUUCCAACGACUUCGAAACACGGCGAAGGAACGGGCACGCACCUUGUACGUCAAGAGCUACUGCCGCGACUCCUCUCCCCCGAUCCGCCUUCCCCCAAGGACAAGCCAGCGUCAUCAAUGUUUUCGCCUUCGCCCACACCUUCUCCUCCCCGAUCCACAAGCGCUGCCGAUGCAGAAAGACUAGCAGCCCAGCUCGCCUCGCUGAGACACACCAGUCCCCCAAGACCGACAUCGGUACCUCGCCUGCAGAGGGCAGCAGCUAUGCCGCAAAAGUGGGACGCCAGCACCGAGGCCCUCCUGUCCAGUCUCGGCAAAGAAGCGCCCAGGCCAUCAUCAUCCCAAACGGCUUCCUCUUCGAGCCGAGCAGGCCCGAAGAGUACCAUUUCUGGCGCAGAGGGAGAGCGUGUCAUGCCAACUUCCAUGAAAGACCGUGUCAGGCAAAGCUGGCUAGCCCGCUUUCGUCGCGAGAAGCGCAAGAAGAAGUUGGAGGCCGAAACGCUCCCAAAUCGGAAGAAGAAAGGGCCAAGAUCCGGAGAGAAGCUCUUCCCCCCUGCGCGUCCCAAGCUUCAUAAGGGCUAUCGCAACAUCUUCCGUUCGCUGCUGGGAGGCAGGAUUAACGCAGACUUUGCAGUCAUUUCGCUAGUAUUGACCAUUGGCACGAAAGGAGCAGUACGACUGACGGGAGUCUAG